UUACCGCCUCCCCUCCCUCGUAGCAAGAGAAGAAGAAUGGCAAGAGGUCGGACCUUCAACUCCCCAUUUCUUCUCCUGUCACUCAAGCUCCUAUGCCUGGUCCUCCUCGCCGUGGACGGUGCUGGUGCCUCCGCGCGCAGCCAAAGUGACUACUAUACCCGUUUGGGCCUGAAACGCGAUGCCAACAAAAAAGAUAUAGCUAGAGCUUACAGGCGCAUGGCGGUCAAAACUCAUCCAGAUAAAGUGUCGCCAGACAAACGAUCAGAGGCCGAGAAAAAGUUCAAGUCCAUCACUGAAGCGUACGAAGUGCUCAGUGAUCCCAAGAAACGAAAAAUUUACGAUACCUACGGCGAAGAGGGCGUGCGGGCCUCAGCGGGCGGCGUUCCCCCUCAGGGUCCAGGAGGUUAUGGUUUCCCCGGCGGAGCAAGUCGGGCUAGAGGGUUUAAUGGGGGUGACGGCGGGACUCGAUUUUUCUUCAACGGCAGGGAGUACCGAGGCGGGCCCAGCCCUUUCGACGGGGGAGGAGGGGGAGGAGGGGGUGGAGGGGGCUUUGCAGCGGAGGAUGUUUUUGAGCGCUUUUUUGGAGACAUGUUUUUCGGCCCGGGCGCCAAUGCACGGCCGGAUCCGAUGGGUGGUUCUCGCGGUUUCCAAGGGUACCAGCAACAACAACGACGAUGGCAGCAGCAGCAACAACAGUCUGCGAAGCAGGAAAAAAUGGUGUGUAGUCUAGAGGAGCUCUACCGUGGAACCACGAGGCAUGUGACGGUGCACUCAGGGAGGAGAGAAAAAACCUUCCGCGUGGAAAUAAAGCGUGGCUGGAAGGCCGGGACCAAGAUCCAAUUCGCCGCCGCUCCCUCCAGCCCUCCUUCCUUCCCUCCCUCGUCCCCUUUCCCACCCGUGGUUUUCAUCCUGGUGGAGGCACGCCACCGGUAUUUUACCCGGCGUGGCGACGACCUGGUCUGGAGGAAAGGAUUGAGCACCGCGCAGGCCGCCAAGGAUAUCGUCGUCAAGGUCCCCCUCUUGAACGGAAGAGAGGUGAAGGUGAAAGUGGAAAGAGGGAGAGUGCCUCGGGAUGGGAGCCUCCUUCGACUGCGGGAAAAAGGAGGG